AUGUGGAAGAGAAUUAUCCCCAGCAGCCAACAAGCCUGCGCUUUGACAAGAAAUCAAGCAUUGCCAGUCACAACCAAGGCACAACGUUCCCUAAGCACGACGACACCCCGUUACCAGAAAAACAAACCAUCGUCCGCCACCGAAGACCGCGGCAGGUUGAGUCCCGAGCGCACGGAAGUGAGCAAGUCCGGAACGGACAGCGAGGUCGCCCAGCAUCCGGCAGCGUACGAUCCAUCGAAAACCGCGCCGGAGACGGAGCUCAAGGCCACAGGGGAGGAACACGAGAGAGAAGGCAAGUCGGGGAACCCGCUGGACAUGAGCCCGGCCAAUCAAGAUGUCAGUGCGUGGAGAGGGCAGACGGAGGGUGGAGCGGCGCAUAAUGCGGAAAAGUCUGGGCCGAGUUCUCGGGGCCAGCCGAGGAAGAAUCGGAAGAUUGAGGUGAAGGAGGACGGGACGCAUGUUUCUCAUAGAUAG